CUCGCCACGCAGCAUCGCCGAGCCCGGCUGCAUCGGCGCUUGCCAUCCCUGGGAUGGGCUCUCCCGGCCGCGCUGGGGACACGAGUGGGGACAGACAGCGCUGAGCCUCCCCACACGACGCCGGCACCGAGGGACGAGGAUAUCGCCCAGCCGGCCGCGGCGAAAGGAAGGGGCCCCUGGCGGGUCCCCCGCCACCGGGCACGGCGAAGCCAGCUCCUCUCUCUGCCGUUUUCCCCUUUUUCUCCCCACUGUUUGGUUUUUGGCAGCGGAGCCGCGGCGGCGGCUGGGGCGCGCGGUGCUGGGGAAAGGCUGCCAAGUGUCGGCAGCCCCCCGCGGCCCCCCGGCCCCCCAUGCCAAAGCUGGUGGCUGGCAGAAGGGCUGCCUGCGCCUGGCAGGGCUCCGUCAGCUGCGGGAGGAUCCCUGCGCCGCGCUCGCUGCCAAUUUCCCUGCGAGCUGGCACCGCAGGCGGCUCCGGAGGCACCGGCGGAGAAGGCUGGGGAGGAUGGAUUGUGAAAGGGAGAGAGGAAAAAAAAAAAAAAUAAUGGACACAUGCCAUCGCUGGAGCGGCGAGGCUGCCGCUGCCAAAACGCCAGCAGGCAGCGCGGGGCCAAAACCCGCCGGCAGCGGAGAGGAGGGUCUGGCAGCCUGUCCCGGUGCGGGACUCAUGGAGGACGGGCGGCGCGGCAGAGGCACGGCGCGGCCAAGGCAGGACAGGUAGCAGACGGUGGAGCCGGAGAGGAAAGAGGAGCGACGCUGGAGCCAGCAGCAGAUGCCAGUGUGCCAGGAGCGCCGUGGCUUCGCAGCUCUGCCGGCAGCCACACGAAGGCAAAGGGCUCCGGCCGGGCCCCCAAGCGCCAAACCUGGCCGGCACCGGUGGAAGGAGCCGGCACCAAAGGGAAACAGAGAUGGUGGCAAUGCCGAGCCCUCACGCUACCCCGACUCCUGCCUGCUGCUCUGCAUCCCUGAAGGACCCGGGCUGUGCCCGGCAGCACCCCUGUGCCUGGGAACGUCCUCUCUGCACCAACACCACCAGGACAAACCUCCCUCAGCAUCCUCAGCGCCCAGCACCCAUCGCCUGCAGGAGCCAGGGCAGGCGCUCAGCCCCAGGGACACCCCAGCAUCCACCUUUGAGGGCAUCAGCAUCUCCGUGGGAGGGAUGUGGAUCAAGGUCCCCAGCCCCGUGGGUGCUGCCUUCCUCAGGGGACGAGCCCACCCUGGAUCGAGCGGCCCCCAGCCUGGCCCCGGAUGCCACCGUGACACCCAGCCCUGUCGUGGGACGGUCCCGGGGCGGGGGCUCACGCCUGACCGUGCCGUGGGCUGCGGGAUGUGAUGGAUGUGGAUGUGCUGCCGGCCCGGUCCUUGCCGGGAUGUGCCGACGACUGCUGGGCACCGAACCCGCUGGGACGUGGCGACGGGGAUGGGAACCCCCCUGUGACCCCCCUGCAGCCGUGGGUUUACGGCACCCCCAGGAGCGUGUCCGGGCGAAGGAGGAGGUUUAUCCAUCUGGAGGUUCAGCCAUCCAAACACCGGGACACGUGGAGCUUUACCAAACACGCUCAGGCCCUGCCGGCUGCCUCGGGGGCGAGGGAUUCAGCCUGCGGAGGAGAAACGUGCCCCCAGCUGUGCUCCGGACCGUGCGAGCAUGGAGGCUGACGGUGACAUCACCCAGCGGGAGCCGCAUGGACCCACCGAGGGCUGUGCCAGGAGCUGCUCUGCUCCGCCGCCGCUCCAAACCCCAACACCGCUGCCCCGUGUCCCGGGGAUGCUCUGGGACGUGUGCCCCAGCCCUGCGCCACACUGGGAGCUCUGGGUGCACGGGGCUUGGCUCUGCAGUGGGGGGGGCCAUCCCACCCCUCCAUCCCUGGGCUGGGAAAUCUUGUAACCCCGAUGGUUUUGGACCAGGAGGGGAGAAGAAGGAGGAGGAUGCUGUGGGGUGCUGCGGGUGCCGUGGGUGCUGCAGGCAAGGGUGCCCGGGUGCGGGCAGGGUGGCGGGGGCUGCCGGUCACUGCCAGGUUACAUCUGCCGGGGCACGCAAGAGUGACUCCAGAUGCAUUAGAAGUGCCGUGCUCCAAUUUCAAUUUCAUCGUCUCACAAUCAUUUUCAGGCUCCUCUUAGUGCCACAUUAACGAAGCCUGCUCGUUUGAAUGCAUAAUUAGCCCAAGCAUUCUACCUCGCUAAUUUCGAAGCAAGAGCGGGGGGUG